GCAGGCAGGCGGGCGCCUCCCCGGGACUUUCUGUCAGGCGCGGCGCGGACAGCCCCGCCGAGGUCCCGCUGUUAAGGACGUCGGCAGGACCGCCUCUCCCUUUUCGCUCCGAGCCGCCAUUUUGUAGGCACACACGGGGAGUAAUCAGCCAAAAUGACGAACACAAAGGGAAAGAGGAGGGGAACACGUUAUAUGUUCUCAAGGCCAUUUCGCAAGCAUGGAGUUGUCCCUCUGGCUACCUAUAUGCGCAUCUACAAGAAGGGUGAUAUAGUUGAUAUCAAGGGUAUGGGUACUGUUCAAAAAGGUAUGCCCCACAAGUGUUACCAUGGCAAGACUGGAAGGGUAUACAAUGUUACUCAACACGCUGUGGGCAUUAUUGUUAACAAGCAGGUUAAGGGCAAGAUUCUUGCCAAGAGAAUUAAUGUGCGUAUCGAGCAUAUUAAACAUUCCAAGAGCAGAGACAGCUUCCUGCAGCGUGUGAAGGAGAAUGAAAAGAAGAAAAAGGAAGCAAAAGAAAAAGGCAUUUGGGUUCAACUGAAACGUCAGCCUGCUCCACCAAGAGAAGCACACUUUGUGAGGACUAAUGGCAAGGAUCCAGAGCUGCUGGAGCCAAUUCCCUAUGAAUUUAUGGCAUAACGCACAUUUAAAAAAAAUAAACUGCAGAGCUGGUUUUGGACAA